CUUACAAUUAUGAUGUCUGUUUUAAGUGCUAUCACAUUUUAAACCUAUUAUAUCAGAUUAUGCCGUUUUAAAUUGAGUUAAUUCACACGCUUAACAGAAUAUAUAAAUACCCUAAUAAGAGGAUCCUCAACAGAGAUAGAUGUUACAUUGUUAAAAGAAGAUGUAUAUUUUUAACUUGUUGGUUUUAAUGUUAGCAUGUUUUGCUCAAGCUGUACCUCCACCCAUUCCUUCACAAAGAUGUACAGAGAGAAUUGGCGAAUUAUUAGAAGAAUUUGCUUCACAAGAGACAAUAGUAGAUAUUGAAAGUUAUAUACAGACAAAUACUCAAACAGACGAAUAUAUUUUUGAUGAAACUUUGGUAGAUGCUUACUGUAGCUUGUUUCGCAAGGUGGUUCCAUUUUUCGAAAACAACAUUGCAGCUUUGAGAAUAUUGUGCAUCAAUGAUCAUGAAAGAAAAUAUUUAGAGUUAAUGACGCACGUAAAGAACGUUGGUACGUCAAUGUGUGAUGUCGAGAAAAUGAAAGAUGUUAAAGCCAUUCUGACAUGUGUUAGUAAUAACCGUAUGGCACAGCAAGGAUUCGUUGGUUGUCUUCAGGGUACUCUACGUGGUUUGAGUUUGAGUACACCCGAUUCUCUCACUUGCUCAGAAGACGAUCAAAAUUACCUAUCUUGGUUCACAACUGUAGCAACCAGUUUUAAGUCAUGUUUUUGUCAGUUUGAUUCGUGCGCGCCAGAGAGUACGAAAUCAAUAACAGAAAUGCUCACAAGUCUUCAAUUGGACACUUGUGAAAUUGUUAGAUAUGCGGUAGGGGGACUAUAAUACCACAACAUCAGAUUUUAUUCAAAUUGUCUUCAGUUAAUGAUAUGAAAUAACACAAUUCAGAAUAAAUAAAGUUCAAAGAGAAAUGC